GUCAACAAAGGUCAGCCAAAGUAUGAAAAGUAUAAGCUUUCCAAGGAGGAAUGGAAGCUACUUACUCUCAUUCACGAGGUAUUGGCAGAAGCUGCAAAGGUUCAAGAAAUGUUCUCGGCCGAGUAUUAUCCCACAAUUUGGCAGAUCCUCCCAUCAUAUGAAUACCUCCUUGCCCAAUGGCAUGAGUUUUCAGCUGACCCCAGAAUGAUUACUCUAUGGCCAGCUAUUGAGGCAGGGAUUGAGAGCCUCAAAAAAUACUAUAACAAAACUGACAAUUCUCCUGCGCACGUGGUUUUGAUG